CUGUUCUGGAGUUCUGUACCAAACAAAUCGUAGUGGGCUUCUCACCGAUCGCCACGUGGAAGAAAAAAAACCCCUCAAGCUGCUGGUGGGCAAAGCGCUUGGACUUCAAAGAGGAGAGCAGAACGGAAGAGCACCACCGGCGGCGGAAAUGGCGGCGGAGGGGUUUCUGGAGGUCGAGAACCUAGAAGCCAUCAUCACAAGGAUCGAGCAGAAGUCCCGCAAGAUCGAGAGCUUGCUUAAACAAUCGAAGCCCGUGGAGGCUCUGAAGACGGCACUUGAGGGAUCCCCUCUCAAGACCAGAGAUGAGAGGUGCAAGUCGGCGAAUUGGAUAGUGGUGCAUCGGGCGAUAAUGGCCAUAAAGGAUGUGGAUGGCAUGCUCGCUUCUUUGGAUCCCGAGUACUACGACAUCCUCAUGAAGUACUUGUAUAGGGGUUUAGCAACCGGAGACCGACCAACUUGUGACCAAUGCCUGAGGAUUCAUGAAAAGCUUACAGAGAGAGCAGGGUUGGGAUGCAUACUGCGCUCGCUUGCUGACACCGUAAAUACCGUAUAAGCUUUAAUUUAGUUUCAUGUCAGUGUAAUAUCAUUUUUCUCUAUUUGUAUUCACCGUCAUGUUUGUGUUAUACAGUUUGAAAACUGAGAUCGUUAAAUAACAUUUGUACUGGAGUUCUAUAUGGGGAAAAAUGUGCGAGUUUAGAAUUGCAUCUCAUGGGUGAGCCCCAGUAAAGGGCUGACUGCUGAGCAUUGGGUGUAAUUGAGCUAAGCUUGAGCGAUUCAGGCUAUGCUCAAGCUUAGUCUGAACUUUCUUGAGCCAAUCUGAAGCUCAGCUCAAUCAUUAUUAUUAUUUU